CAGAGGCGCGGCGGGGACGCAGCUCGCCACAGCCGGCCUCCGACGUCUUCGCGCUCCGAGGUCCCCGCGCGCGCACGUCUGCGCUCUCCGACUUCUCAGCGGUCCGAGGUCCCGGCUUUCCGAAGUCCUCGAGCCCUGAGGUCCCCGGCCCACGAUGCAGCUGAGCCCCGGACUGCUCCUCCUGCUGCUCAGCUACCUGCAAGUGGUUGCAGAUAUUCCAGAAGACGAAGUCCAAGCAAUGGUGGGCAGCGACGUUGAGCUUGGCUGCGCUGUCCCAGAAGGAAGCAGUUUUGAUCUAAGUGAACUUUUUGUUUACUGGCAAAUCAGUGAGUCAGACACCGUGGUGAUGUACCACAUUCCAGGGAACAGCUCCACAGGCCAUGUGGACACUCACUACAGGAACCGGGCCCAACUGUCGCCGGAUAGGAUGAAGCGAGGCGACUUCUCCCUGCAUCUGUUCAACAUCACCCCGCAAGAUGAACAGAAGUUUCACUGCCUGGUGUUCUGGAAGUUUAACAAGGUUUUGGAAGCUGUGGUCACGCUGCAUGUGGCAGCCAACUACAGCAUGCCCGUGGUCAGCACGCCCAGCAGCCCCUCCCAGCAUGAACUCACCUUCACGUGCACAUCUACCAACGGCUACCCGAGACCCAAUGUGUACUGGAUCAAUAAGACGGACAAUACCCUGCUGGACGAGGCCCUGCAGAACAGCACCGUCUCCUUGAACCCGAAGGGCUUGUAUGAUGUGGUUAGUGUGCUGAGGAUCGGGUGGAGCCCCAGUGUGAACGUUGGCUGCUGCAUAGAGAAUGUGCUUCUGCACCAGAACCUGACUGUCAGCAGCCAGCCAGAAACUUUGAUUGGAACCCGAGGCAAGAUCACAGAGAACCAUAGCAGUGCCAACAGCUAUGCUGCCAUCAGCAUAUUGGCCGUGGUGGCUGUGGUUGUGGCUGUGGUUACAGGCUGGGCAUGCAGAAGCAGGUGUCCGCGCAGACGCUACACAGGUGCCCAGGCUGCAAGGCCAGAACCGGAGCUCACUGACCACGUUUGACAGGACUCACUGCCCAGCAUGUGGACAGGGCUUCUUUGAGGUGCCAGCAGGGGGUACCCAGUGGCAGCUUAAGAUGGACUUGGUCCUGAACUCCUGGCUUCAAGCCUCAGCCCCCCAGAAUGCAUGGAUUACAAGUGUGAGCCACCAUGCUGGACUUUGGAAAUGGACUUGGACAGGCCUGGUGGCAGAGUAGGUGAAAAGCCAUUACCUGUAUGUGAACCAAAGGCAAGAGCCUCCCAGCCUGUAGGGGAGACCAUGGCUGGACCUCAGGGAGAAUGUGCCAGCUCUACUUCAACCGUAGUCCCAUGGUGAGGCCCUUUCCAAAACAUCAGCAGUGCCUGCGAGCCCAUGGUAUCUACCUUUGUUGCCCAGCAGUGAUGGAAAGGGCUUGGGGACGGUCUCCGAAGGCCCCAGAGCAAGUGUGAUUCAGCCCCAGACUGGCUGUAGGAUGCAUGCCUUCCAGUGGGGUGCAGGGCUCUGAGCUGAAGGAAGUGUGUCAUGUUUAAGGAGAAGAGUGGGUGCCCACUGUGGGCACCACUUCAGGGGCCUCUGGACGUUUGCGGGGGCGCCACAGCUGUUCAAGGCCUGUGCGCUCUGACACAAAAUCAGAACAGAAAUGAGGGUCCAGAGGGCCGGCCGUGGGUCCCAACACUUGUCACAAGAAAUUGCUUUCCUACAAAAAAGCUUUCCCACCAUGGACUUUUAAAUGAAUAUGAUGAGGGACCCACCCAACUUUUAACACAAGCAUUCGAAGAGGGCUGCUGCUUACGACAGAGUGGGAGUUGUCAGCACUGGUCACUGGUGGGCAUCUGGAGCCAGGAAGCGCAGGAGCUACCCGGGCAGGAAUUGGGUGCCCUCUCCACAGUGACUGUGAAGUGACUCUAGGGGGACCUGCUUGGCAGAGUCUGCCUCCUGCCUGAGGCCCUCAGCAGACCUUCAAUGUCCCCCUAAAGACCUCACAGACAGGAUGGUGACAACCCAACAGAGACUGAGUCUGGCUCCAGCUUUUCCUUCUCGAGGGGAAUGGAAGCUGCAGCUCGGCUACCCAGAGAUCGCGGAAGCUUCCAGCCCUCGCAGCAGGGCCUGAGCGAGACCCUGAUGGUCCCUCCCAGCACGGAGUCUGAAGGCUGUGCCGGACCUGGGCUCUUGGGGAGGCCAUGGUCAUGCUCUCUGGCUCUGUGCCCUGGUCACCACCUCCCUGCUGGUCCUUACAGGCCCUCCCUAACCUCUCUCUUUCUCCGGGGACCCCACCACCACAUUUGCAUUGGUGAGAUUUCCCUAUAACUCUUUAAUCCUUUCAGCCCAAAAUAUUGCCAUUUGCCUUUUAUUCUGUGUUGUGAACAAUCUGGAUUCCAGUGUUUUGACGGCCAUCUCUUUGCAAGAGAAUGCAAAGUGCAGACAAUGCCUGGGUCUGGCGGGGCUUCCUGGCACAACCAGCUCAGCUGUGUGUGGUCUGGACAAUAACCGGUCCCACAUUCUUUCUGCUCUUCUGGGGACCCUGUCUUAUACUGAUGGUUCUCACUCAGGGUCAUUCUGUCCCCCAGGAGACAUGGGGCAAGGUCUGGAGACAUUUGGGGCUGUCACACUUGGGGGUGUCAUUGGGCUCUUGUGAGUAGAAGCCCUCUGCUACUGAGCACCCUGCCUGCACAGGAUGUCCUGCCAUCUUGGUCCCCACCCAAAGGUCCACCGUAGCCACAGGCCCCACAGCACAGGGGCUCAGGCUCAUUUGGUAGCAGGUGAGCUGUCUGGGGUGCCCGGCCCCCCACUGUCUGUGUGUGGCACAGAAGGAACUCGUGGUGAUGGCGCA